AUGGCUCGACAUUCUCGCUCAAGAAGUCGUUCUCCUUCCCCACAAAAAAGACGCAAGCAUUCACACUCACACUCACGUAGACGUGAUCGAACAAGAGAUUCCUCAAAAGAUAUUCACGACAGAAGUCGUAGUAAAACUAGACAGGACAAGGAUCGUGAUCGGGAAAGAGAUAGAGAAAAGGAUCGUAUUAAAGAUCGUGAAAGAGAAAAAGACCGCGAGAGAGUAAAAGAUCGUGAUAGAGAAAAAGACCAUAAUAGGGACAAGGACCGUGAUAGGGAUAAGGAUCGUGAUAGAGAAAAAGACCGUGAUAGAGAAAAAGACCGUGAUAGAGACAAGGACCGUGAUAGAGACAAGGACCGUGAUAGAGACAAGGACCGUGAUAGAGAAAAAGAUCGUGACAAGAAUAAGGAUCGUGAAAGAGAAAAAGAAAAAGAUCGCGAAAGAGAUCGUAAUAGAGAUGAUAGAGAGCGUAAGAAAUCUCGUAAUCAUGCAGAAUCUGAGAAAGAAGAUUCACAUCGUAAGUCAAACCAUUCUAAAGAUAAUACAAAUAGAAAAACUCGUGUUGGUGAUUCACAUUCGCAUGAACCAAAAAUUAGCUCUUCUUUAACGGAGGCAAUGAGCGAUGUGAUUACUGUUGGUGAGAAGGACCAAACCACUCAUAUAACUAAUGGUCAUGAAACUGCUAAUGGUGAAACUGAGUCACAAGCCAACUCUAAUGAGAUAAAGUCUUCUGAUUCGAAAACGUCUGCAACAGUUGCUGCUUUACUUGAUCAAGAAGAAAAAAUUCGUCAAAGAAGGGAACGCGAAUCUUUUACCACUACAGCAGAAAAUUUAGCUCUAGAAAAUCAAGAAGAACAGGAAAUUUCAAACAAAGGUGGUUGGACUUUAGAUAACGAUGAUGAAGAUGAUUCUAUGGAAGUAGAUACCUCAACAGGUUUUGAUCAUUCAUAUUAUCAUACAUUGCCUACAUCUUCUGUCGAUCUAUUACCAAUCCCAAAAUCGAUUGAUAAAAGUGAGCCACAAACACUACAGUUUAGAAGAAACCCUCUUCUUGGCCCUUCUAAUAAGAAAACUUCAUCCCAAAAUGUUAAGGGUAAGUCAACAAAAGAAGGAGUUCGUGAAGAAAUUGAUAAAUCUUCAACAUCAUCAACCAAAUUCACGUUGUUUAAAGAUCAAUCCGAUAAAACGAUGGAUAUUAAUAAUUCUGAAGAUGAUGAGGAUCCACUUGACGCUUACAUGAAAGAUGUUGAAGUAGAAGUAGAACAUUUAAAUGAACAAGAUAAAAAACGAGCAAGACAAUCUAUAAAAGGAAGACUUGCUGCCAAAAAACUUAAAAAGAAAGAUUUGGCUAUAGUUGAUCAUUCCCAAGUUAAAUAUGAGCCAUUUAGAAAAGAUUUUUAUAUUGAACCUCCCGAGAUGCGUGAUAUGAUUCCUGAUCAAGUAGAUUUAGUUAGAAUAGAGUUGGGUGGCAUCAAAAUCAGGGGUGUUGAUUGUCCAAAACCCAUUCAAAAAUGGACUCAUGCUGGUUUACCUGCAGCAUGUUUGGGAAUUAUAAAAAAAUUAAAUUUUGAAAAACCUACACCAAUACAAUCGCAAGCAAUUCCUGCUAUUAUGGCAGGUCGUGAUGUUAUCGGAGUAGCUAAGACCGGCAGUGGAAAAACUAUUGCUUUUCUUCUUCCAAUGUUUAGACAUAUUAAAGAUCAACGUCCUUUAGAACAAAUGGAAGGCCCUGUAGCCAUAAUAAUGACUCCAACAAGAGAAUUAGCUGUGCAAAUUCAUAAAGAAUGUAAACAUUUCUUAAAAGGUUUAAAUCUUAGAGCGGUUUGCGCAUAUGGUGGAUCGCCUAUUAAAGAUCAAAUAGCAGAAUUGAAGCGUGGUGCAGAAAUCAUUGUUUGUACACCAGGACGUAUGAUUGACCUAUUGUGUGCUAACUCUGGACGUGUUACUAAUUUAAGAAGAGUUACUUACCUUGUGUUAGAUGAAGCUGAUCGUAUGUUUGAUAUGGGAUUUGAACCUCAGGUAAUGAAAGUUGUUAACAAUGUAAGACCCGACCGUCAGACUGUAUUGUUUUCUGCGACGUUUCCUCGACAGAUGGAAUCAUUAGCAAGAAAAGUUCUUAAGAGGCCUCUUGAAAUUACUGUAGGUGGUCGUAGUGUUGUAGCUCAAGAUGUGACUCAAAUUGUUGAAGUUCGUGAAGAAAAUACAAAAUUUGUUCGUUUAUUGGAAAUUUUAGGUCAACAAUACAAUGAUGAUCCUGAAGCUAGAACCCUUAUCUUUGUCGAUCGACAAGAAGCUGCCGAUAAUCUAUUACGUGAUUUGAUUCAUAAAGGGUAUCCUUGUAUGUCUUUGCAUGGUGGCAAGGACCAAUUGGAUCGUGAUAGUACCAUUGCUGAUUUUAAAUCAGGAGUCUGUCAAAUAUUGGUUGCAACUUCUGUUGCGGCUCGUGGUCUUGACGUAAAACAAUUGAAACUUGUUACUAAUUAUGAAUGCCCUAAUCACAUGGAAGAUUAUGUACAUCGUGUUGGUAGAACUGGACGUGCAGGUAAUAAAGGUACGGCAUAUACUUUUAUUACACCUGAACAGGAUAGAUAUGCUAUGGAUAUUGUUAAAGCAUUAAAAUUAAGUGGUGGUCACGUAAGUCUUGAGUUACAACAAUUGGCUGACGGUUUUCAAGAAAAAGUUAAGGCUGGUAACGCUACCUAUUCAGGUUCAGGCUUUGGUGGCAAAGGACUUGAAAAAUUAGACGAGGCAAGAGAUUUAGUUAAAAAGGCACAAAGAAAGAAAGAAGAAGCUGAACAAAUUGCUACAAAUCCGGUUCAAAAAGAAGCUGCUGCUCGCGUUAAUGCUAGUGUUGGAACUAGUGGUGUUCAAAGAGCUAAAGAUAUUAUUGCAGAUAUUAACGCAAGAUUUAAAGAUAACCCUGUACAUGGCAAUGUUUCUGAAGCUGAUAAGACGGAAAAUACAGCCGAAUAUAGUGUUGAAAUUGAAAUAAACGAUUAUCCACAAAAGGCACGAUGGAAAGUUACAAAUAAAGAACAAAUUUCUCAAAUUACAGAGCUUACUGGUGCGGCAAUUACUACACGUGGUACAUAUUAUCCACCAGGGCGUCAACCUGUACCUGCUUCUGGUGAAAGAAAACUUUAUUUAUUUGUUGAAGGGGAAAAUGAAUAUGUUGUUGAGAAAGCUAAAAAUGAAAUUAAAAGAAUUUUAACUGAAACCACAUUAAGCGCCAUUGAGGCUGAAUCAAGAAGUGUACCAACAAAAAAAUUUCAUAUCUUUUAA